AUGGAAACGAGUUCGAGCAUGAGGAUCCCUUGGAGCUUGUUGUUUCUAUUGUUUUUAUCGAUGUUUGCCACUAGGGUUGAAGUUAGUCACGGACAAAAGGACGACGGCGGCGGCGGUGAUGACGGAGGGGACAGCGACAAGCCUGCUGCUCCGCCGGAGCAAGAAGACUGCGAUGGCAUCUUCUUGACCUACACGUUCAUCUCGCGAGAGAAGGAAUAUCCACGCAAGAAGAACGUGUCGGCGCAGGCCUGGGCGUUCAAGUCUGAGGCGAGCAUACUGAACGCUGGGACCGCGACACUAAAGGACUGGAAGAUGUACGUAGGGUUUCAGCAUCGGGAGAUAUUGGUGGCGGCCGAGGGAGCUGUGAUGGUAGAUGGUUCUGAUUUUCCUGCUUCCGUGGGGAAAAACGGGACUUACUUUUCGGGGAACCCACAAUCGGACUUGAAGAACUCCGUCGAUACGGCUGGGGAUGUAGAACAGAUUCAGGCAAAGAUUGCUUUUAAGGGAACCCAGUUCGGCCUCCCGGCUAAGCAAGCACCCAUGCCCAAGACCAUCCGCCUCGUCAACGAUGGAUACAAGUGCCCCGCACCUAAAAUACGAGGGAAGACAAACAUGUUCGUAUGUUGUGUACCAGACCCAAAGUUCAAAGUGAAGAAAGACGAUAAGGACACCAAAUUCUUGCCUAAACGAAAUGGUGAUCUCUCAAUCACAUACGAUGUAUUGGAUUCCUAUUCAAACAAUUACUUGGCUCAGGUCACCAUCGAUAACCUGCACCCACUUGGCCGUCUAGACCACUGGAACUUGACCUGGGAAUGGCAGAAGAAUGAGUUCAUUCAGACAAUGAGAGGGGCCUAUACUCACAAGAAGGACCAAUCCGACUGCCUCUACGGCCCUGCCGGAAAAAUAUACAAGGACAUGGACUUCUCUAAGGUCAUGAACUGUGAAAAGAAGCCAAUCAUCACAGACCUCCCACCAACUAUGAAAGAUGACGAGAAGGUCGGAAAGCUGCCCAAGUGCUGUAGAAAUGGAACCAUCUUACCGAUGAUCAUGAAUGAGACCCAAUCACAGGCACAGUUCCAGCUCCAAGUCUUCAAGCUUCCCCCUGAUGACAACAGAACCGCUCUCACACCACCACAGAAGUGGAGUAUCUACGGGCCGGUGAACCCUAAUUACGAAUGUGGACCUCCAAUCAGAGUCGAACCAACUCAGUUUCCCGACCCGAGCGGACUACAGUCUACAACUGCUGCAAUUGCAACUUGGCAAGUGGUAUGCAACAUAACCAAGCCAAAGGUGCCUGCCUGCUGCGUGUCAUUUUCUGCCUACUUCAGCGAGUCAGUGGUGCCGUGCAACACUUGCGCUUGUGGCUGUAAAGAAAGUGAGAACCCUCACUGCGACGUAAGAGCCAAAGCAAUGCUUCUACCAGCAGAAGCACUCCUUGUGCCUUUUGUCAACAGAACUGAAAAGGCGAAAGCUUGGGCCAAAAUCAAACACUAUGACAUACCCAAAAAGCUUCCAUGCGGAGACAACUGUGGAGUUAGUCUCAAUUGGCACAUAGACUCGGACUACCAGAGUGGAUGGACUGCUCGUCUAACUCUCUUCAACUGGGGGAAGGAGCCAUUUCAGGAUUGGUUCACGGCAGUAGAAAUGAACAAGGCUUUUGAAGACUACGAAAAUGUGUACUCAUUCAAUGGAACAAGAAUGGAAAAUAAGGUCAAAAACACCAUCUUGUUUCAGGGUCUGAAAGAUUUGAACUACUUGAUAGAAAUGAAAAAUGCCUCCAACACAAGAGACCCUAUGGUACCCGGAAAGCAGCAGUCGGUGGUUUCUUUCAAGAAGCACCACUAUCAUGAUAUUAAUAUAAAGGGUGGUGAAGGUUUCCCAUCAAGAGUCCUGUUCAACGGAGAAGAGUGCUCACUUCCUAAGCAAUUCCCCAAUAACGGCGCAGAUCAUCAGGCCAGUAGUAAUAUCCUCCUCAUCUUGUUUGUUGCAAUUGCGAGUUUUGUGUUCAUGACAGACCGGUUCCACUGA